AUGCCCAAUCUCUUGUCGAAUGUUAUCAGCGAAAAAGUCAGCCUACAGACGAACGAAGAGUCGCCCUAUAACCCUCCUUCCAAAAGCUCUGGAGAUCCGUCGCAAUGCGUAAACGCUCAAACGAAUAGUCAAUUCAACAAUGGAGGCCUUGUUGACUUAUACAAUGAUCAUGUUAGCGAUGAAGUCGCUGAUAAUGACGACCAGGAACGAUCUAGGGGAAAGGCUGGCGGAAAGGGAAAUUCGAAAUUUAGUGCAGGCCAUAUUCAAGAGCAAAGAGCAUCAAACGAAAAAGUCAAUGGCUCAAUUGUCAAUGGAAAACGAGCAAGUCAAGAUUCAAGCAACGACACUUCGAAGCUGAAUGGGGUGCUGAAAUCACCCAUUGCAAGCUCAGCGCAAUCCUCAGCUCAUUCAAAACAGACUCAUCCCAAAGUUCGCCGAUCAUUCGAAAGCGGACAAUCUGGAAAAGGUUGGCAAAAGGGUCAUGGCCGGGCCCAUUCGGCAUCAGCACCCCAGAAUCCCAAUGCAACCUACCUGAGCAGCAUCCAGGGGUCCCCACCACCCACGGAAGAUACAAUAUUCGGAAUGCCUGAUUCCGUUGAAAGCCCUCAAAGACACACGCACCCAGCAGGUCCUGCUGCUCCAAAUCCUUCGCAGCCAACAGCAGGUUCUUCGACAUCCUCGCUACACCCCACAGCACCCAGGUUACAUCACCGACAUACUUUGGAGGUACCGCGAGUCUCCACAAGUCGUACUUCAAGGGACUUUUCUUUACCCAAUACCAUAAGUGAUGUCGCCAGUGAGACCGGACGCUUUACUCCGACCCUUCGAACUCCUCGCGCAUCCAAUACAAUAGCGCGAGCACAGACAAGGUCGAUUCAUUCAGACAUGUUUCUGGACGAGAUCCCACCUGACAGUGAUAUGGCGCGGUGGGCUGAGACUGUGAGAUACAAGCGUGCAAGCCGGCGGAAAAGGAAAGAGGAGGAAGAAGAUGAUCGGGUAGUGGUGGGGACAAAAGUUGACAUAAACCACGUCAAUUGGGUCACGGCGUACAAUAUGUUGACCGGUAUUCGAUUCACAGUCUCCCGCACCAACGCCAAAAUAGACCGACCUGACGACCCUUUGGAUUUCGACGCACGCCACAAGUUUUCUUUCGACAUAACUGGGAAUGAAUUGACACCAUCUGCUAAGUAUGACUUCAAAUUCAAGGAUUACGCACCUCGUGUGUUCCGUCGUCUCCGGGCCAAGUUUCGUAUUGAUCCUGCCGACUACCUUGUCUCUUUGACGAGCAAAUACAUCCUAUCCGAGCUGGGUUCUCCGGGGAAAAGCGGUAGCUUCUUCUACUUCUCACGGGAUUACAAAUACAUUAUCAAAACCAUCCACCACGCAGAGCACAAACUGUUAAGGCAAAUUCUGCAGGAAUAUUACAAACAUAUAGAAGACAAUCCCGACACACUUCUCUCCCAAUUCUACGGACUGCAUCGCGUAAAAAUCCCUUACGGCAGAAAAAUCCAUUUCGUUGUGAUGAACAACCUCUUCCCACCGCAUCGUGACAUUCAUCAAACGUUCGAUCUUAAAGGCUCAACCAUAGGACGAGACUUCAAAGAAGAGGAUGCAGCGAAGAAUCCACGAGCCACACUGAAGGACCUUAACUGGCUGCGACGAAAGUACCAUUUCGAAUUCGGCCCCUUAAAAAAAAGAUAUUUGUGGAGCAGAUGA